AUGGCAGCGGCAACCGCUGGUCCUGGCCCGGGGUCUGGACCUGGGGACUCCCCGGAGGGCCCCGAGGCGGAGGCCCCGGAGCGUCGGCGGAAGGCACACGGAAUGCUGAAGCUUUAUUACGGCCUCUCGGAGGGGGAGGCGGGGGGCCGCCCCACUGGGUCGGACCCUCUGGACCCGACAGAUCUCAACGGGGCACACUUCGACCCGGAAGUGUAUCUGGACAAGCUGCGUAGAGAGUGCCCCCUGGCCCAGCUGAUGGACAGUGAAACAGAUAUGGUGCGGCAGAUCCGGGCUCUAGACAGCGACAUGCAGACCCUGGUCUAUGAGAACUACAACAAGUUCAUCUCAGCCACAGACACCAUCCGAAAGAUGAAGAACGAUUUUCGGAAGAUGGAGGAUGAGAUGGACCGGCUGGCCACCAACAUGGCUGUGAUCACGGACUUCAGCGCACGCAUCAGCGCCACGCUGCAGGACCGCCACGAGCGUAUCACCAAGCUGGCAGGGGUCCAUGCGCUGCUGCGGAAGCUGCAGUUCCUCUUUGAGCUCCCCUCGCGCCUCACCAAGUGCGUGGAGCUGGGCGCCUACGGACAGGCGGUACGCUACCAGGGCCGUGCACGGGCCGUCCUGGAGCAGUACCAGCACCUGCCCUCGUUCCGCGCCAUCCAGGAUGACUGCCAGGUCAUCACAGCUCGCCUGGCCCAGCAGCUCCGGCAGCGCUUCAGGGAGGGCGGCUCGGGUGCCCCAGAGCAGGCGGAGUGCGUGGAGCUGCUGCUGGCGCUGGGCGAGCCGGCUGAGGAGCUGUGCGAGGAGUUCCUGGCGCACGCCCGCGGGCGCCUGGAGGAGGAGCUGAGAAGCCUGCAGGCGGAGCUGGGGCCCUCCCCUCCGGCUCCCGACGUCUUAGAAUUCACGGACCGUGGGGGCAGCGGCUUCGUAGGCGGCCUCUGCCAGGUGGCGGCGGUCUACCAGGAGCUGUUUGCAGCCCAGGGUCCGGCAGGCGCGGAGAAGCUGGCUGCUUUCGCCCGGGAGCUGGGCAGCCGCUACUUUGUGCUGGUGGAGCAGCGGCUGGCACAGGAGCAGGGUGGCGGAGACAACUCGCUGCUGGUGCGGGCGUUGGACCGCUUCCACCGACGCCUGCGGGCGCCCGGGGCCCUGCUGGCCGCUGCUGGGCUGGCCGAGGCUGCCACGGAGAUCGUGGAGCGAGUAGCCCGUGAGCGCCUGGGUCACCAUCUGCAGGGCCUGCGGUUGGCCUUCCUGGGCUGCCUGACCGAUGUGCGGCAGGUGCUGGCCGCGCCUCGCCUGGCUGGAAAGGAAGGCCCCGGCCUGGCUGAGCUGCUGGCCAAUGUGGCCAGCUCCAUCCUGGGCCACAUCAAGGCCUCGCUGGCUGCUGUGCACCUCUUCACCGCCAAGGAGGUCUCUUUCUCCAACAAGCCCUACUUCCGGGGCGAGUUCUGCAGCCAAGGUGUCCGUGAGGGCCUCAUCGUGGGCUUUAUCCGCUCCAUGUGCCAGAUGGCUCAGAGCUUCUGUGAUAAUCCUGGGGAGAAGGGGGGUGCCACACCACCUGCCCUGCUCCUGCUCCUCUCCCGCCUCUGCCUGGACUACGAGACAGCCACCAUCUCCUACAUCCUUACCCUCACUGAUGAGCAGUUUCUGGUGCAGGACCAGUCUCCAGUGACACCUGUAAGCACACUGUGUGCAGAGGCCAGGGAGACAGCACGGCGGCUACUGACCCACUAUGUGAAGGUACAGGGCUUGGUCAUAUCACAGAUGCUGCGCAAGAGUGUGGAGACCCGGGACUGGCUCAGCACCCUGGAGCCCCGGAACGUGCGUGCUGUCAUGAAGCGGGUGGUGGAGGACACGACAGCUAUUGAUGUGCAGGUGGGGCUCCUGUAUGAAGAGGGUGUUCGCAAGGCCCAGAGCAGUGACUCCAGCAAGAGGACCUUCUCCGUGUACAGCAGCUCCCGGCAGCAGGGCCGCUACGCACCCAGCUAUACUCCCAGUGCCCCAAUGGACACCAAUCUCUUGAGCAACAUCCAGAAGCUGUUCUCUGAACGUAUUGAUGUGUUCAGCCCGGUGGAAUUCAACAAGGUGUCGGUGCUGACGGGCAUCAUCAAGAUAAGUCUGAAGACGCUGCUGGAAUGUGUGCGCCUGCGCACUUUUGGGCGCUUCGGGCUGCAACAGGUGCAGGUGGACUGUCACUUCCUGCAGCUCUACCUGUGGCGCUUCGUGGCGGACGAGGAGCUUGUGCAUCUACUGCUGGACGAGGUGGUGGCUUCAGCAGCCCUCCGCUGCCCAGACCCAGUGCCGAUGGAACCCAGUGUUGUCGAGGUCAUCUGCGAGCGCGGCUAGGCCGGGCCUGCAGUGCACGGACUAGUUUUGUUGCCGCAACCCUCCCAUCCCCUGGUCUCCCGCCCUGGCGGCUCUAGUGCUCCUGCCUCAAGACCCGCCUAAUAAAGACGUGUAAUCUCC